AUGGCUGAAGCUGUUGGUAAAGACGAAUCGAAUGUAGAACGAGAUGAAAUUGUCGCAGACGAUGAAUUUGAUGGUACUAGCACAACAGUAACAAUUCCUGGAAAUAAAAUGAAAAUGAAACAUGUACAUGAGAAAGUUGUUUUCAAUGACGGAACAGCUGGGGCAUCGCCUGGUGAUUUCAUAGCUGCUGAAUUAGCCAGUCAAGCAGCAUCCAUGGUAGCUGAUGCUUUACUUGAAUGCUUCAUCCUGUGGUCGACAGAUGAUGAGUUCAGUAGAAUAUACAGCGCAAAGAGAAGUCAAGAAGGUGUGCUGGGCAACGUUUCAGCUCGAUUAAAUAAAGGCGCACUUGCUUGUUAUCGAAUUACUGGACUGCGUGCUUUAAUUGAGGCAGCAUUUGAUAUGAUAGCUCAAUACGCAGCAGAAUACGUUACUUUCGGCACAGGUGUAGCGGAUGAAGGAUUUGUUCAUCGUCCCUUCAAAAUUGCUGGAAAAAAUAUGAUCUGGAGUAUGUCAAAAGACAUGCCUGUUCAUAAUUUACAAGCACAUAAUAAAGAAAUUUAUUCAAUUAAAUGGAGUCCAACUGGUCCAGGAACAAUGAAUCUAAAUGCAACAUUACUUUUACCAAGUGCAUCAUUUGAUUCGACUGUACGUUUAUGGGAUGUUGAAAGUGGUGUUUGCCAAAAUAUAUUUGUAAAAUAUUCAGAACCUGUUUAUUCGGUUGCUUUCAGUCCAGAUGGUCGUUUAUUAGCAACUGGUUCAUUUGAUAAAGCGAGUUAUAUUUGGGAUAUUGCACGAGGAGAAAUUGUUCAUGGUUAUCGAGGUCCUCGUGUUGGUGCAGGUGCUUCCGACGGAACAGUAAGUUUUAAUGGAUCGAUAAAAGAGAAUUCUUUCUUUAGGUCAAUGUGUUGUCGUUUUGUUUUUCUUUAA